AUGAAGAGUAAACCUGUAAAGCAUAAAUCCACCAAUACUUUCCGUUUUGUUCCAUUUGCUGAGCGGAUAAAUUCUAUAGAUAUCCGACAUGCAGCAUUAUAUCACAUUGAACAUGCUUACGCGAGUCAGCCAGGUGAAAAUGAAACACACUUCCACCUGGCCUUACAAAAAUGGCAUGGACUUAAUUUGUCAGAAAACUUUAAAAAAUUUAAGAAAGAAGUCUUCGGUGUAAUUACUGUUCCACAACUUAUUCACAAGAAGAAUGAAGUGUUAGAUAUACUGGAAAAAUAUUUAGAACUAGAAGACCAGUUAUGUCUUCAGCCAUUGCUGGAAAUUUUGGUAUCUGCAGCAAAAGAUUUGAGAAGUGAUUUUUACCCACAUUUUCCAAAAUUUCUCGAUAUUUUAAUUAAAUUAUUGAAUACAAAAGAUGUUGAGAGGUUAGAGUGUACUUUAAUCUGCUUGGCAUUUUUAUUUAAAACAUUAAAACCUUAUUUAAAGAAGGAUGUUGGAGUUGUAUUGACUAGAAUAAUACCUCUAUUGAGUGAAUCAAAACCACAAUAUAUAAAUAACUUUGCUGCUGAGAGUUUUGCAUUUGUGGCAAGAGAUAUAAGAGAUAAAAAAAAAUUUAUAGACCUUAUCCUUAAUUAUCUGCAAAGUAAUGAUGAUGCUAUAUCUGGCUGCGGACAUUUAUUAUUUGAAAUAGUAAGAGGUGUUAGUAAUAAAUUUCAUAGUUGUAUAGAAAGUAUUCUUCCACUUUUAUUAGAACAUCUUAAAGAAAAGAAGGAACAUCAAGAUAUCUUAUUUAAAGUCUUAACGCAAACUUUUGAAGAUAGCUUACAAAAUAUUGUGCCUAAAGAAUUUAAUAUAGUUUGGACUCACAUUCACAAAUGUAUAGAAGAAAUAAUAAAAGAUGAUGAACAAAAUACAGGAUUGGAAUAUAUUUUGAGAUUAACAGGUCAAAUAAUAGAACACCAACAAGGAAAAUAUUUAUUAAACCCCCAACAAUUUGCUUUACUGCUAGUUAAAAUUAUAUGUAGGCAGACAUCAGAAAAUAUUUUAGAAGUCUGUUCACAAAUUGGAGCUCUAAUGUUACUAUCUUCAAAUAUUUCCCUUUCUCAAGAGCAUGCUGGGAUUAUUGUUAAAGUACUAUUACCAUUACCAUAUUCAAGCAUUCUAAUUAAUUUUGUACAAAAUGUGAUACAAUAUUCACAAUUCGAUAUGCACAUUCUUCCACCAUUUAUAAAAUUUGUGAUUCAAUCAAAUUUUGAUAGUGAUGCAAUGGCUACUUUGGCAAAGAUUUGUCUUACAAAAUCACCUUUGUCUAAAAAUGGCUUAAAGCUUUUUGAGUGGGUAAAAUAUCCUAUGGAUUUUGGUAAAGGACAAGCCCUAUUAUUAGAACAUAUUAAAAAUGUCCUGACUGAAAACAUUCAAAAGGUUAUUGAGAACCCAACUAAUCUCAUGAAUGUGUUAUACUGUUUGCCGCAUAUAGAAAAUAUGAAUGUUGAAAUAUGCAUAAAAAUGCUAAGCAAUCUUAUUUCGAAAUUCUUAGAAGUGCUAGUGAGUUACAAUCUUGAAGCCCAAACAGAGGAGAACAAAUUUCAUUGUGAUACUACACCUGUGUCAAAAUUAGCCAGAAAAGUAAUGUUUUUGCUAGCUAAUACUAUGGAAUGUGCUAUACACAUAUCAAGUUGUAAGCAAUUAAAGGACAUAUGUGACAUUGAGAUUCUACUGCCAAUAAUACUGCCAUGUGCAGCGGAUCCUAAUUACUUAGUUGCACUCCAUAUAACAGAUUUGUAUUUGACUGCUUAUGAACAUGAAAAUGGUUUGACUUAUCCAUUUUUAUCGUUAGUAGACUCUUAUUUGAGGCCAAAUAUAUCAUCACCUUUUCAUAUUGUGCGUUUAUUGACUACUCACAUUUACAAAUUGUUUGAAAACAUCGAUGAGUUAAAUAAAAGUGUACAAGUUGGUGGAGAUAUUGAAAGAUUCUCCAUUUUCACUAACUGCUUUACAAUUGAAUCUAUAUCACCAUCUAUCCAAGAAUAUAGAAUGCAGUUGAAUUUGCUUCAAAAAAUGGUGUUUAAUACAACACAAUACGAGCUAGCUAAAGAGACAGAUUUUCAUCUUUUCCCCUUGAAUUAUAUGUUGGGAGUUUUGUAUAUCAAUUUUAAGCUAUUAUGGGAACCCGUUGUGGAAUUCAUUGCAGGCUAUGGCAAUGCUUUAAAUGCAGAAGAUUUCUGGCCUACAUUUUAUAAAUCACUAGAGUGUUCUUUUGCUAAUGCCAAAAGUAACUUGAAAUUAUUUCAAUUUGAAGAUGAUUUAGUUGAUAAUAAGCUGAUUAAAGAAAUUUAUUCAGAUUAUACCAGUAUUUUGGAAAGGCCUGAUCUGUAUAACUAUAGGAAUUUGAUUUUAAAAAUAAUGACAAACUCUAUUCAAGUUUGUGAAGCCAAAAAUAGAGAUGUAGUUGUUCUGUUUUUAAAGUUCAUAGAUGAAGAAUAUAGGAGAAGUGAUACAAUGAAUGCUCUCAAAAUUGAUAUUGAAAAACGAAACAAAGAAGAAGAAAUGGAUUCAGAUGAUAAAUCAAUUGCUGAUGAUGAAGAAAAUAUGGAGAUGCCUGAUGAAAAUACCCAAGACACAGUGUCCGGCAAAAUUGUUUUUAAAACAUUAAUAAACAUAAUGCAAGUAUUAUCGCAAUUUAAGAACCCGAGAGCUCUUCACAAAGAACCUGUAUUUUGGGAAUUAUAUUUGGAGUUUCUUAAACAUAAGAAUCCUGGUCUCCAGAAAUACGCAUUAGAUUGUGUCUUAAAUUAUAAAAAUAAAAGUGUUACACCAUACAAAACAAAUUUACAUAACUUGGUAGAUGAAAAGAAAUUCAAAGACGAACUAACACAGUUUAAAAUAACUGAAGAUUCACAAACAAUUCAACCAGAACAUAGAGAGCAUGUAAUACCAAUUAUACUAAGAAUACUUUAUGGUAAAAUGACGUCCAAGUUAGUUGCUGAUAAGAAAGGUGGUGGUCAAGCAAGAAGAUCCUUAGUAAUGCGAUAUUUGAGUGGAUGUAAUGAGAAUGAAUUGAAAAUGUUUAUAGAAAUGGCAUUCUCCUAUUUUAAGAAUUAUAUGACGAUGGAGCCAAAAGAAAUAUAUACUAGUAUAUUUGAUAAUACGGACCUCAAAUCUGUAACAAGUCCUGGGAAAUUGCAUAGUAUUUUGAAUCUGUUUGAUGUAGUGCGAGAAUAUUUUGGUGGUUACAUGAAAGACCAAUUGCUAUCAGACUUUUUCAAAAUAUUUUACGCAGUUUCUUCAAACUUGGCAAGUGUUUUAUCAAAUGUAGACAAAGUACACGUUAGUUACGUAAAAGUAAUGAAAAACCUUCGAACUAUAUCUAUCAGUACACUGGGGAAAUUGUUUGAUCAGUUUGAAAAAUAUGUUUGGAGUAAGGAUGAGUUAUUUGUUAUAUUUGAAACAUUGAUAUGGCCACUCGUUACCCGCUUGCACAUUGAGGGUAUUCAUAGUCCCACUGCACUAUUGAAGCUUUUCAAUAUAUGGUGUCAAAAUCCCAGAUAUUAUAUACUGUUUGUUACAUGCUCUGAAAAAGAUUCUUCGCUAAGUGUUCUGCCUGCUAUAUUCAAACUUUUGCUAGCACCCAAAACCACACCUGGAGUAGUCAACUUAAUACUAGACAUGAUCGAAAAGUUAUUGACUUUGACAGAAGAUGAAGAAGAUAAAGAGGUCUCAAAUAUAGAGUCGUUUUGUGUACUAAAAGUUAGUGGUGAAGACAAAACUGAAAUAAACUUUGGAAGUAAACUUUUAAUUCCGCAUCUGCCAAGUAUUUUAGAGGUUAUGAAAAGACGUAUAGCCAAUUCGGCAAAAUCAAAUACAGUAAAUAAAAGAGAUCUCUUGAUAUUGUCACGAGUGACAGAAAUGGUGACUACUCCAGAAAUGUGCGACGAGUUACUGAGUUUACUAUUGCCCAUAUUGGUAAAGAAAGUCUGCAUGCAUAUGGCUGAAGAGAAUAUGGAGCAUGCGGUCAAUACAAUUAUAAACUUGCUUGGACAUAGCACGAAUCCACAACAAUACAUUAAAAAUAUAGCCAUUUUGUUCAAUAAAGUUGGACCGGUUGAAGUAAGAAAGCUUCUCAUCAAAUUGCUAUCAUCGAUAGCUGAGAAUGCAACUGAUAAUAAAGAUGCAUUGUCUAAAAUAGCACGCGUAGUAACAGAAAUGAAUGCCUUUAAUAAGAGAUGGAUUGAACAACCCGAUUUCGAUAGGAGAUUGGAUGCAUACAAACUAAUAUAUCAAAUGUUAGAUACAAAUGAAAUUGAUGUUGAUCUCACGAUUUUGAUUGUUAAUAAUUGCUUCUACUUUAUACGCACUGAAAAAGAUAUAGGAUUACGUGAUAGUGCAGGGUUAUGCCUGAAAAAAAUCCUUCCCAAACUACUAACAAAGUACCGUUCAGCGACAGAUGGGCAAUUUUUGGUUCGAGAUACUGUUUUAUCUCUUAUAUCUACCGGUAUUAGGGAUAGUAAAAAUGAUAUUGUACGAAAUGAAAGUAUUAUGUUACUUGGAGAACUCGUACGAGAAUGUCCAGACGUUGAUGUUGUAUUAUCAGAUUUAGCACCUCUAGCAAAUAAAGAAGAUAUUGAAGUUGACUUCUUUGAAAAUUCUUGUCAUUUACAGUUACAUAGAAAAGUAAGAGCUUUAUUAAAGUUCAGCAAAGUUGCUAAAAAGUUAAUAAAAUGUCCAACACCCAGAACUCUUACAAAUUUUAUUUUGCCUUUAGCUUCUAUGUACAUUUGCGACGAAAAAUUCAGCGAUAAAAAUACUCUAAUAGAUGCUUGUAUAGAAGUUAUCUCAACGUGCUGUAGGUUAUUACCCUGGUAUCAUUACGAAGUGAUACUAAAGUUGUAUUUGAAUAAAAUGCGUCAUUCAUCAGAAUAUCAAAAACAACUAACACGUAUAAUAAUCGGUAUAUUAGACGCAUUCCAUUUCGAUUUUUCUAAAGUUAAAAAUAUUGAACUCCCAAAAGCUUUGAUCAAUAAUAUAAGAAUUAACAACAUUUUCAAGAAAGCAAGUAAAGACGAAGUAAAAAAAUCUGACAAUAACAAACUCGACGCAAGUGACUUUGAAAAUGAGGACGAAGAAGAAAACAAGAAUGAAGGCAACAUUGAAGAUAUAGAAACUGAUUUACUUGGAGAAGAAGAAAAAGAUGAUGAAAAUCAAAUUAAUAAAGAAAUAUCCAAUGUACCAGCAUUUGAAAGAAUCACAAGUGUAUCGCCAUCGGUAGCUAAUAGAAUCAUCAAAUCUCUUUCUGCGGGACUUUUGCCACAGCUUAAUCGCGCAAUCGGAAAACUAACUGAGCAUGAAGAAUCUCAUAAAGUCAACAGGCGACGUACAGGAAUGGCACGCUUGGAAGAGGAUAUGUUACGAGUUCCCAUUGCUCUUGCAUUAGUUAAACUCCUUCAAAGACUUCCGGGAGACAUUUUAAAGCAUCAACUUCCGGGGAUCAUUAUAAAAUUAUGCUCAUUUUUAAAAUCUCCAUUAAAGCAAGUCAGAAUUGCUGCACGAGAUAUUGUUAAGAAAAUAAUGUUAACAGUAGGUACACCUUACUUAGGUGUGCUCUUAGAACAUCUUACAUUGUUAUUAACAAGAGGCUACCAAGUGCAUGUCCUAGUUGCUACAAUACAUACCGUAUUAGAAGCUUUAAAAAGUGAUUUUAACACUGGAGAUAUUGACCAAAAUCUCGAUUACAUAAUCGAUGUUUGUACUAACGAUCUAUUUGGAGCUCUAUCUGAAGAAAAAGAGGUGGAUAAACUCCAUUACAAAACACCUGAAGCUAAACCAAGCAAAAAGAGUUACGUUACUCUCAUGAUAGUAUCUCAAAAUAUUACGGAAAAAUGUCUAAUAAAUCUUCUAUUACCAUUCAAAGAAGUUUUACAAAAGCAUCACUCGAAGAAAAUUGUGGUCAAAGUCCAAGAAGCGCUAAUGCACAUUACUACUGGCUUAGUUUCAAAUAAAUUUAUCGAUGUCGAAUCUCUCUUUGUUUUUCUACACGGGUUAGCGUCAGAAAGUAUACCAGAAUUCGUUCUGAGUGCACCAAAACGUGAACUAACGGAAGCCCAAAGAGAAAAAAUGUUAAGAGCGAAGCCAGAUUGCUUUAUCAUACCAGAAAUUCCUAAACGUAAUAAGGAAUCGCAAGCUAGGAAUGUUAAAACAUCAUCAAAAACAAAUGCUCACGUACUAGUGGAGUUCAGUUUGAAUAUCCUACAUGUCAUACUUAAAAGGGAAAAGGUUCCGAGGAUAGAUUGCAGGGCAUUUGUAGAUCCUUUAAUCCCACUUUUGGUAGAUGCAUUGAAAAGUGAUCACGUGAAAGUGACGACAAUUGCGAUGAAAUGUAUAGCGACACUAUGGACUAUCAGAAUUAGUACGCCAACAUUAGAAGAAAUGGUUAAAGAUAUCGUAAAUACAAUAUUUUCUAUACUGCAUAAGUAUGCUACUUUUGAAAUUAGCAAGCAAAAUGAUAAUUAUCAUUUAGUUAGGAAUUCAUUUAAGGCAGUAACCGUUUUGAUACGAAACGUAAAGUACUACACAUUAGAAGCAGAUCAAUUAAAGACUCUUCUACUGUACGCAGAAGAGGACUGUCAGAAUGACGAAAAACAGGCUAAUUCGUUUUCUUUACUGAAAGCCAUCUUGGAAGCUAAAUUGGUUUCAAACGAAUUGCACGAAGUUAUGGAAAAAGUUUCUAAGAUUUGUAUUUUAAGUGAAUCUGCUAGAUCAAGGGAGGAAGCUCGAACAAUAUUCGUCAACUAUUUAACACAUUAUUCUCCCGGUAAAAGAUUGGAGAAAUACAUACAAUUUUUUGUAACUCAGUUAAAUUAUGAACUCCAACAUGGGAGAGAGUCGUCAUUAAAAUUCUUGGAUAUGAUCAUCGGUAAACUUAAUACCGAUCAGUUGAAAAAUCACGGGGACUUCAUGUUCUUAUCUCUCGGGGCGUGUAUGAUCAACGAUAGUGCACCGGAGUGCAGGGCGUCCGCCGCCGCUUGUAUUGAAGCGAUUCUAAGCAAAAUGACCCUUUUGGGCAGAAAUAAGAUGUUCGAUUUGGUACUUGCCUUCUUUAAGGAUAACCAGCCAAUACAUUUCGAAUUGGCCGCCCAAUUAAGCAUUCGCUUCGUAAAUGUAGAAGGAGAUAAAUUCCAAAGUCGUCUCAACUCCAUUCUUCCACUAGUGAGCGGCAAAAUAUUAUUACUAAGUAACGACAUAACAGAAGGCAGGUUCGUCAAAAUAAAACUUGACCAAGGCGACGAAAAGACUGACGAAGAUAAACAAAAGGAAAAAGACCACAGUUUAAUACAGAUGUUGAAUCUUAUAGACAAAAUUACUAUAAAUUGUGCGUCUACUUUGAAAAAUAAAAAAUAUUUUGCUGAUUACGACGAAAUCGGUCAGCAAUGUAAAGCCUUAUUAGCGUAUCCUCAUUCGUGGGUCAGAUUAAAAUCUGCUAAGAUAAUAGGCACGCUUCUAGAAGCGAUUGAUCCACAAGAAUUAAAUGAUAAGUCUAAAGAAAUUGAAUGUGAAAGAGGCUUUAUAUUUGACGGUACAGAGGACUGCUUACGAAGUCUUACUUUAGAUUUAUGCGCACAAUAUACUCCUAACGUGUCAAAAGAAAUGGCAGAACAGGUAACAGCGGUGUUGUUCCAAAUACUAAAGUUAGUUCACGCGAUGCCAUGUUUCAAAAUAAUAAGUAAAAGUCAAGCAGAUGAAGGAGACACGGAACAAAACGCGAAAGUGAAUAUUCGAUGGAUUCUAUUCAAACUACGGAAAGCUGUCAACGUAGAAGUCGCUAAAGCGCCUAACUCGAUGAAUAUUAGGAUAGCAAUAUUUACAAUGUGGCUUCAUCUCAUAAGUUCUCUGGAAACAGAAGAUCUUAACACCGUAAUAGAUAUAUUCCUGCCGGCGAUUGUUCGAGAACUUUCCAUAGGGGAAGGUUCUUCGUCUCCCGUAAAGCAAUUAGCAGGGAGAUUGGGUAAGAAAUUGAGAAGGAAAGUCGGGGAUAUCGAAUAUAGCAAGAUGGCGGCGGAAGCGCAGACACGGCUGAAUGUGAGAAGAGCUGAGAGGAAGAAGAUAAUAUUACAAGAAAAAGUAAAUAAUCCAGAGAGAGCGGCGAAAAGAAAACUUCAACUCAAAGAGAAGAAGAAAAAAGCAAAGAAAGUUAAAUUGGAAAUGUUGCACGGAAAAAGACCAAGAGCCAAAAAACGAAAGGCUGAAGAUAUGGAUAUUGAAGAUGAAUUAUUAAAAGAUACAGAUGAU